GAGUUCUUCCUCCUCCUCAUCUUCUAGCUCCUCCUCUUCAUCAUCGUCAUCAUCAUCGUCAUCGUCGUCGUCCUCUGGCUCCAGUUCUAGUGACUCGGAGGGUUCUAGCCUUCCCAUUCAACCUGAGGUAGCACUGAAGAGAGGACAGAACUAGAGGAAAUGGACUUAAUUUUACAGCAGGAGGGAUGGCAGUUAGACCUCAAGAGGAACUCCCUGGGCUGGAAGGAUCUUCAGAGGUCAUCCCAUCCCUCUCCCUGCCUCCAGGCAGGACGGCCCCUCCCCCAGCCAGCCUGCACACACAGGGGCUUCCCCAAGCUGGCUCUCCAAGGAAGGAGACCACCCAGCUUCGCUUCCACACCUGAGCCCAGGGGCCGUAUUCCUCCUUCAGGGACAUUCUUGAGGUUUAACCUUGAUCCCUUGUGCUAAGGGCCCCGCCUGUUGCUUGUGUUAGCAGAGGUUGGGUCAGCUCUGGCCAUUACUCUCCAGAGAAUGCGUUCACCGGCUCUCUGGGCUCAGCUGGGAGAGCUCCCAGGGCCUUUCUCAGGCACCCCUACCCCACUGCUCUUCCUCCAGGCCAAGGAAGGUAGGGUUGGGGCUGGGGCAGCUUGUCUCCUAGUGACACUCUACUCCUCCCACAGGGUCCCUAGCCCCGCCCCAGCCCCCAAAGAGGUUGUUCGAGAGGGCCGUCCUCAGGAGCCAACCCCAGCCAAGCGGAAGAGACGCUCUAGCAGCUCUAGUUCCAGCUCUUCCUCUUCCUCCUCCUCUUCCUCCUCCUCCUCUUCCUCCUCUUCCUCUUCUUCCUCCUCCUCCUCCUCUUCCUCCUCCUCCUCCUCUUCCACUUCUUCCUCCCCUUCCCCUGCUAAGCCUGACCCUCAGGCCUUGCCCAAACCUGCAAGCCCCAAGAAGCCACCCCCUGGUGAGCGGAGGUCCCGUAGCCCCCGGAAACCUAUAGACUCCCUCCGGGACUCACGGUCCCUCAGCUAUUCGCCUGCUGAGCGCCGCCGUCCCUCGCCCCAGCCCUCACCACGGGACCAGCAGAGCAGCAGCAGUGAGCGGGGUUCCCGGAGAGGCCAGCGUGGAGAUAGCCGUUCCCCAGGCCAGAAGCGCAGGAGGGAUACACCUAGCCCCCGCUCCACACGGCACCGUUCCUCCAGGUCUCCAUGAAUGUUUUUUGGGGACUCCCACCAUACCCCAAGUUUUGGAGCCACAGGGAGUACCCCCUUCUCCCCAACAGCUGCAGGAGGGGUGCUUGUCCACCCCCCCUUUGAACCCUGGCAGCAUUUUGGGGGGAGGGCUCCCUACUUUCCUGCCUACUCCUUUUUUCUUUGUUCCUGUGAAAUGUUAAUCUCUGUGAGUUUUUCCUGGUUCACAUGUUUUGGGGGGUUGGGGUGGGUGGGAAUGAGAAUGGGAGUUGCUGGAGGGGAGGAUAUAGUUCAGGACUCCCCAGUCUUGAGUCAGAAAGGGCACUUUCCCCCCUCUAAGUUCCAGGGGGAAUGGUUUGGGACUUGGGAAGUUGUGUGAGGUGUUCCUAGAAAAAAGGGGCAGGAGUUGAAAUUAGUUGGCCCUUACUGCCCCCCAGUGUGACCCUCCCCUCCCAACCUUUCUUCACGUUUCUUAAAGGCAUUUUGGUUUUUUAAAAUCUGUACAGCAAGAGCAACUUUUUCUGUCAAAUAAAAAUGAGAAAUGCAA